AUGAACCUAAUCCAGUGUAAGGCUGUGGGGUUUUUUGCAUUUGGGAAGAAAAACUAUAACAGAUCAAAAGAAGAAGUGACAGAUAUAAUGAGCAUACUUGAAAAUGCAUUUAAGGAAUUGAAUGAAAAAAAGGAGUAUCAGAAAUUAUGCGAUAGGGUAAUGAUUACAGGAGACAUUGAUUCAAUGCCAAGUAAUGUUAUUCCGCAUGUAACUGCUAUUAAUGAAAGAUCUAAAAAAAAGAAAGACUGUUUUAUAUUUAUGUCAUACUCCUCUUUAGACGAGUAUGUUAAUAGUGCAACCGAUGGGAACGCGAUUCCAUUUGACAUUAUAAUACGCCCGGGUGGAGAAAAGAGGAUGAGUGACUUUUUACUAUGCAAUGCAUCCAAACAGGCAAUGCUUUCUUUUUUAGCAGUUAAAUGGCCAGUACUGACUCCUAUGCACAUUUUACUUGUCAUUAUUAAGUAUGUAAUAGAAUUACCACUGCGGGUUUAG